UGGAUGUCCGUCUCUUGCACAGUCCAAGUACCUGGAUAGACACAACGCUGCUUUGAAAGUGUUUUUCUUUGAGAUGCUAAGAGAUCUCAAACUGGCUGAUAGUACACCCCCAUGGUUUUCURAUGUCAAACCCAAACCACUCUACAAAUCAACUGACGCUGAAGCAUACUGGGAUGUACCUGUAUAUGCUGACCACAUGUAUGUACGAUCUAACCGUGUGGACGCGCGUUUCAUCGACCACAAUAACAAGAAAGUACUCAUGGUGGAAAUGAGCUGUCCGUGGGUUAACAACCGAGAAAAGAAAGACAAAGAGAAGACGAAGAAGUAUGGAGCACUUAGACUUGAGCUCACAAAACAACACCCAGGAUACACGAUCUUGCAAGUGAACCUCAUUUUGGACGCUCUUGGAGGAUGGUCUAAAGAGAUGGAGCCUGAGAUGAAGAAUAUCUUUGGAGCAAGAUACAAAGAUGUAUUACUCAGAAUGCAGAAAGCGGUAUUAAGCUGCACAGUGAACAUUGCAAGAACAUUCAAAUUAAUCACAUCUUAAGGACAUUUCAAACAUUCCAAGUAUUUAAACUGCAUCUUAAGAACAUUAAUAAUUGGUUUUAAGUGAUUGUAUAUAUUAUUAAUCCUGUCAUGCUGGUAGGUUACGAAAUUACGCCCUAUCUAGCUUACCUAAUUAGCAUUCAAACGUGUUUACUGCUGAUAAUAAUAAUAAUAAUA